AUGGUUUUGCCUGCUCAUUUGAAAAACAAUUUGAUGCCCUCAGAGAUCAAGUUUAUUGCCGAAAAUGAGCUCAUUACAAUUUUACCCAGAUACUCGAUGAAAAAGAUUGAAUUGAUAGGAACUACGAUUCCAGCGUUAAGAGGUAUGAGAAGAGAACGAGUUCCGAUUUGGGUGGCUCUCAUUUUGAAAUCCCAAGAUAAGUGUAAUAUCGUGCCACCAGAAUGGAUGAAUGUAGCUUAUUUGAAAGAAAAGUAUGAAGACGAAUUGAAAACGCCGUAUAGGUUCAGUGACUUACCAAGUAACUGGAUUGAAGUUUCCAAAAUUUUGCUUACCAAAGCUGCUGAUGAUUUAGCUGAUCCGUCACACCAAUUACGGUCGAUAAUCCAAGACUUACGUGAAAUCAGACUUGUGAAAUCCCGCAGAGGCUUGAAAGAGUUGAAUGAAUCGAAUAUCGAGUUGCUUGGGUUGUCACUGCUAGAAAUCAAUGAAUUACGUCCGUUUGUCCUUACUGUCAUGAACAAACUAAGACAACUCCACGAUACCCUGAAACCAGAGGAUGACUCUACAAACGCAAACAACUACGAAGACUCGGACGAGGACGAAGAUAUGGAUAACUAA